UCGACGCCGUCAAAGGCAGACGUGUGUCCGAUUUCUUAACAAAAUAUCUAUAAUUUGGCAUUUUAAAUUCGACUGUAUUCGUUAAAUUUUAAAAAUCAAAUUCGUUUAAAUCAGUGCCCGUAUUUUUCGACGCGAAUCUACUGCUCGCCUGACUCAUCGCCCGAACCCGUGCCCGAACACAACGGCGCGCACACAAGUAAGAAAUUAUUUUACUGAGCCGUGGACAAGCUUAUGCAAUAAUGAGCCUGUUACAUUCACCUGUUAAAUCAACGUCGGGGCAAGAGUGCCGUUCCACACCUGAUUUAUCCACUAUUGGUCGCGAAGCAGCGGACCCGCAGAUUACCUUCAGAAAAAGAAAACAACCACACGACCUUGGCUGUUCUUGCAGUGGAGACGUCCAGGAUCUACGCUCCGAGAUGGCACGAAUCUCUAAACUACUUGAAAAUUUUGUUACUAUAAACCAAAAAACUUUGGAUAAUGUCUCAGAAAUGAAUAUUCAUCUGACGGAUAUGAAAUCAUCGAAUGAACAGAAUUUCUCGCUACUUACUAACAAUGUAAGUGAAGUGAAAAAACAAAUCAAUGAAAUCCAAGAGUCAAUGUCGAGCCUUACCUUGGAACAGAACCAAAUGAAAUCACAAAUAACAUUACUUGAAAAAAAAAUCUCCGAGGGAGAAGAGAAAAUGAGAACAAUGGAGUCUAACCUGGCUGAUUUUAAAACCACCGACCCAAUGUCAUCUGCCAACUCAGCCUCUGAUCUGAACUAUCAAAUGCUAAAUAGUGAGCAAAUAAUUAAUGAAGUUCAAGAGCGCAACAAUAGACAGAAAAAUAUUAUUUUGGGAGGAAUCCAGGAACAGUCAUCUUCUAAUGCAUCAGAACGUCAAUCGCUAGACAUGGCUAAGGUCAUGGACAUUCUACUAAACAUUGUAAAAGAUACGCCGGCUCCAAUCAAGAUUUUUCGUAUUGGGAAAUACGAUCCCAAGAAGAACCGUCGGAUCAAGGUCUGCUUUGACACUCAAACCGCAGUCAUCCAACUUUUACGAAGCAAAGCCAAUCUACCAGCAGGAAUAAAAAUUUACUCGGACCAAACCCCAUGCCAACAGAGGCUUAUGUUGAACCUUCAAAAAGAACUGGCUCGUCGUUCCCAAGAUGGUGAGACUGACUUAAUUAUUAAGUAUAUUAAAGGCAUACCAAAACUCAUUAAAGCCAACUCAAAAAACGAGAGCCCACAUCCUCGCCAAUCCCUGACAAAUUGACUUAUCAAAUCGUCACUAACUACUCGGACCUCCAAACUGCCAAA